UGAGCUCAAGCAGGGAUGAGGUUCAUCAAACUGAUCAAUUCACUGCGUCAGCCCAGGGCUUCAACAGAGAUGGGAACAUCAAGGAUCCAACACCUAAAUUAUUCGGAUAAAGUCGUCAAGCUGUGGUUGGGAAUCUAUGUUGUCUGUGGUUGGAUGGACAAGGCAAAAGAAUUCAAAUGGAAGUUCUUCCUUCUCUUCAUUGCUACCUUCAUCUUCAUCCUGUGUGUCACUGUGAGGACACCCAGGACGUACAGGGCCAUCCCGAAGCCACAUGGGCCUCCGAAAACUUGCCCCUUGCAGAUCUCUGAGCGGACCAUCACCCCCCUCAACAAUACUAAGCACUUACUGGUGUCAGCCUACAUGGACCAGAGAGAGAAAGGCUUGGAUAUACGCAUCAUUGGCAUAUUUAAGAGAGACUCCAUCCAACCCCUUUACUGUCUUUUCUGCUGCGCAGGCCACUUAUCAAGUAAAACAACUCCAACAACAAUUAUACAGCACUCAGACAACUUUGGUUUUCCCUUCGUCACUACAGAUGUCAUGUGUCAGAUUCCUCCAAACUGCAUCGCGACCCAUGUCGGUCUCCUGACUCAGCCAGACAGUGUGAAGGUAUUCAACCAGACUUGGCUACCUAUUAGAAACCAGAAGACCAAUGAGAAGGAGGAGAACAAGUUGCAGUUUAACUUCACUGUCUGCAUCUCCAACCUGUUUGGAGACUACAACAAUGUGCUUCAGUUUGCACAGACCCUGGAGAUGUACAGGUUGCUGGGUGUGGACAGAGUGGUGAUCUAUAACACCAGCUGCGGCCCAGACCUCGACCGCCUGCUGCAGAGCUACAGCCAGGAGGGCUUCGUGGAGAUGGUUCCUUGGCCCAUCGACCACCAUCUGAAUCCAUCUCGAGGCUGGCUCUUCUCACAGAGCGGAGGUGACGUGCACUACUUUGGCCAGCUGACCACGCUUAAUGAGUGCAUUUACAGAUCCAUGGACCGCUCACGCUACGUCCUGUUGAACGACAUCGAUGAGAUUAUAAUGCCAUACCAACACAACAACCUGAUGUCUCUGAUGGGCAUGCUCCAACAGCAGCAUCCAAAUACAGGAGUGUACCUCAUUGAGAACCAUAUCUUCCCCAAGAAACAUUUUGAGCCAAGUGGAAGGUUUCACCUGCCUCAGUGGAACGGGGUGCCAGGCAUUAAUAUUCUGGAGCACAUCUACAGGGAGGAGCCCAACAGAAACAUAUAUCACCCCCACAAGAUGAUAGUUCAGCCAAGAUCGGUGGGGUGGACGUCAGUGCAUGAAGUGGUCAAGUAUUCUGGAGAACGGUUCAAGGUUCCACUGGAUGUCUGUCGGAUCAUACAUGUCCGCGUGGCUUUGCAGGGGUCGCUAACGGUGGAGCAGCUCCACGAGGACAAACGACUGUGGGACUUCCAAGAAAAACUCAUUCCCAAUGUGGACAAAGUACUGAGGAGAGUGGCGCUGCUGAGCUCAGAGGGGCACAGCUGAUGGAUGGGAUGGACGAUGGACACACAUGCUUAACAGGUUGAAUGUGAGCCUCUCCAGCUGGGAUAUUUCAUAACAUCCUGGUUAAAUCUGAGUGUCACUGCCAUUGUUUUCUGAAAUGUUGCCUUAUUUUGCACUAAAGGGCCACCACACUCCCCGCCCUCAGCAACAACUGCCAUAAUGCAGGUGCUGACGCUAAGAACUACACCAAAUUAAAUGCUGCUCAGUUGGUAAUAUUUUAAGAAUGCUCAUCCUAAAGAACUGUAAGAUGUACUCUGUGCUGAGAGUGACUGACCAGGCGUAACCACCCUCCACCUGCAUCUUAUCACUGCUUCCUGUACAGCAAACACAACAUUUAACCUCUUCUACAGUGCAUGC